AUGAGAACCUCCCAGCUCAAGAAAACCGAAUGGGAGGAAAUUGACCGUGCGCUGAGGAGGGAAGUGAAGAACACCUUGGGGUUGCCCGAAAAUUCGGCGAAUGAAUACCUAUAUGGACACAGGAAGACUGGUUCGUGUGGGCUGCCUGUCGCUGCCGAGGAGUCUGACUUUAAUCGCAUCGACACGGCAUUCAAGCUCUUAACCUCUAGAGCGACGGUACGGGCCCGUCUUCGUAUACCUGUGGCAAAUGACGAGGACUUAGGCUCCUUCCUGUCUGGAACCAGCGUAGCCGAGGUUUUUGACAUCUCGAACAUCUGGGCGUGUGCCAGGAAAGCGUCCAAGAGGCUGCGGAUAACCUGGGAGUUUAGCGACAGUGUCCCCAGAUUACUCUACGAAGACUUGACUAUCAAGCCCAUUGGACGAAGAAAGGUCAUCUUUUCGAUCCGGGACAGGCUCCGGAUGGCCAGGUCUGGCAAGCUCCUUUCGAAACCUGACCAGGGAAAAGCCAUGGAAUGUGUCGCCCAGUCAGCAGCCAGCUCCCACUUCAUCUCCGACGGCGCAUACACUAGGUUCACUGACUGGAGGUUUAUUCACAAGGCGAGGCUGAAUCUCCUCCCCCUGAAUGGCACCCAGGCCUGGAAGUCAGAGAAUGAUCGAGCGUGCAGGAGGUGCAAUGAUGCCGACCUUGAAACCCUUCCCCAUGUCCUUAAUCACUGCAAGGGGAGGUCUAGAGGUUGGCAACUUCGCCACAACAACAUCGUGGAUAGGAUAAAGAAAGCCCUCUUGCCAAGGAACACGCUCGUUGCUGAAAAUCAGUGUAUUGGUCCGGAUGGCCUGCGCCCGGAUCUGGUUUUCAAGAAUGGCCUGAAGAUGUAUAUCAUUGACUCACUUGCCCGUUCGAAAACAGGAUGA